CAAACUUGAUUUAGUAAAUUACAUUUAUAGACAGGAAAAUGGAGGAAGCGAUUUCUUUGUUCUUUCAAGGAUGCAAGCUAGCACAAGAGCUUGAAGGGAACCUUCAACACUACUUGUCCCAUAACCAAGGAUUUCCACCAGGACCAAUGCUUUCUGAAUAUUGUAAUGAAAUAAUCAAGAUUUUUGUUUCUGCUAAGGAACGCCUUAGCUCUUGUGCUACUACUACUUCGUCUUCAUACUCUCCUCCUGGAUUGUUCCCAAUUGGUCGCGACGCGAGCCUGCACGACUGGCUAAGGUCGGCAAUGGCAGCAGGAUCAGGGCCAUCAACAUCAGUCCAAGUUCCAGUCUCGGCGACGCAGUUGGAUGUGUCGUAUUCGGGCCGAUUCUUGGUUGGUUCUUCUUCUUCUUCUUCCCCAUCUUCACAGCAGAGACCAAGAAGAAGUAUGUGCAGCAAGGAUGAUAUGGAGAAGAAGACAGUGAGGGUAGCAGCUCCAUUGAUAGGAAAUACUGAUGUUCCACCAGAUGAUGGAUAUACUUGGAGAAAGUAUGGCCAGAAAGAGAUUUUGGGCUCAAGGUAUCCAAGGAGUUACUAUAGAUGCACCCACCAAAAGAUGUACCAAUGCCCUGCUAAGAAGCAAGUCCAGAGGCUCGACCACGACCCCUACACCUUUCAAGUGAUGUACCGGGCCGACCACACCUGUCAUAUGUCAUCCACCGCACCUUCAAUUGCUCCACCAACACAUAUAACCACUACUUCUAGUGGUGCACGGCAGCAGCUGCCAGGUACACCGCCGUGGCUGGAGUUCAAUCUGGGCAGUGGCGGCGGCGGCGGAGGUAGUAGGAGCAGCAGCAUUGUUAACACAAUGGUUAGUGGAGAUGUUGCAGCAGCUGGUGCUGGCCAUGGUGCUGAUCCAUCAUCCUAUCUUGUGGCAGAAAUGGCUGAUGCAAUGUUUAAUUCAGGAAGCGGCAGUACUACCAAUAGCAUGGAAUUUCUUUUCCAAUCUCCUCGAGAUAAGUGGGAACCAGAAGAGGGAACCAGAAGACCACAAGAAUAUUAACUAAAAUUAAAAAAUUAAACUGGUAACAUAAUUGUUACUAGCUAGCUAUGUAGGUUGAAUUAUUAAUUAAUUAAUGACUUAUGGUAUCAUGUUUAAUUAACUUACACUUUUAAUUUCAUGGCAAUAUAUAAUAAUCUUGUUAUCC